AAGUCUCUAGUGCUAUUGUUCAGUACUUGUGGGGAACAACCAACCAGCAAAAUGGCCUUCUUUAAAUUCAACAUGUUGGUGCUUGCCGUAGUUUUGGCUGUAGCUAGCUCAGCUCCUGCUCCAGAACCAGAACCAGCAGCUCAACCAGGAUGGAAACAUGAACACCACCAUGCGAUCAUCGCAGCCCCUUACCACGUUCAUAACAUCCAUCACCACCACGUGGAAAAAGUGGCGGUGCCAGUUCCAGUUGUGAAGAAGCUCGUUGUUCACGAUCAUCUCGACCUGCAUCACGGUCACGAUCUGUUGCACCACGAUUUGCACCACGAUUUGCACCACCACGAUCUUCACCACGACCUCCACCACGAUCUCCACCACGGCCUUCACCACGACCUGCCCCAUGAUCUUCAUCACGGCUUGCACCUUCAUGGUGGCUUGUGGUAAAAACCCACUGUUUGUGAUAAAUCAUAGACAAGUAGAG